AUGCCGAGUGGCAUGCUGAUUCCUCCAAAGUCUUCAAGCACGACCAGUACCACAACUAGCACCACGACCAGCAAGGCUAGCUCUGCAACGAGCUCUUCCUCAAAGGCAGCUAGCAGCUCCUCCACCACGAAGCCUGUGUCCUCGACGACCACACAAGCUGGCGGUGGCAGCCCAGGUGCCACGGCGUCCUAUACAGGAAACCCCUUUGUCGGCGUCCAGCAGUGGGCCAACUCGUACUAUGCUUCCGAGAUCUCAGCAUAUGCGAUCCCAACUUUGACGGGAGCCAUGGCAACCAAGGCUGCUGCCGUUGCCAAAGUGCCCACUUUCCAAUGGCUUGACACUGCCGACAAGGUCCCUACUUUGAUGGCCCAGACCCUUUCCGACAUUCGUGCCGCCAAUAAGGCCGGUGCUAGCCCUGCGUACGCAGGCUUAUUCGUCGUCUACGAUCUUCCUGAUCGUGACUGCGCUGCGGCAGCUUCCAAUGGCGAGUACAGCAUUGCAAACGGCGGCGUGGCCAACUACAAGGCGUACAUCGACGCCAUUAGAGCGCAGCUCAUCGCAUUCAGCGACAUUCGCAUCAUCCUGGUCGUCGAACCAGACUCCCUGGCGAAUCUUGUCACGAACCUCAAUGUUGCCAAGUGCAGCAAUGCUCAGUCUGCUUAUCUGGAAUGCACCAACUACGCCCUCACACAGCUCAACCUUGCCAAUGUCGCCAUGUAUCUGGACGCUGGUCAUGCUGGCUGGCUUGGUUGGCAGGCAAACCUUUCUCCCGCCGCUCAGCUCUUCGCCAGUGUAUACAAGAACGCAAACAGCCCCAAGGCAGUCCGUGGCCUUGCCACUAAUGUCGCCAACUACAAUGGUUGGAAUUUGACUAGUGCGCCGUCAUACACCCAGGGCAACAGCAUCUAUGACGAGAGUCUCUAUGUCCAAGCCAUCGCUCCCCUUCUCUCCCAGAACGGCUUUGAUUCUCACUUUAUCACCGACCAGGGACGCUCCGGGAAGCAGCCGACAGGUCAGCAGGCUUGGGGCGAUUGGUGCAACCAGAAAGGCACUGGAUUCGGUAUGCGACCAUCCACAAAUACUGGACUUGAGCUUGAGGAUGCUUUCGUCUGGAUCAAGCCCGGUGGUGAAUGCGAUGGCACCAGUGACACGUCAGCGGCGCGUUAUGACUACCACUGCGGUUUGAGCGAUGCUCUCCAGCCUGCACCGGAAGCCGGCACAUGGUUCGAGGCAUACUUCGAGCAACUUCUGACGAACGCCAACCCGGCUUUCUAA